AUGAUUGAUUCUGCUUGUACUAAAAUUAUGAUUGAGGAUUGUGAUAAUUUGGUAUUGAAUGCAAACUCUAAAAUUCUUACAUCGACAAUUGAUGUUUGGAAGUCUAAUAAUAUCAUUUUGAAGAUCCAUGAGAAAAUUCAAACCAUUCAAGUUGACGAAUGCAAAAACAUAGAAAUUGUAUUCAAUGAUCCAAAAAAUUUCUAUUCUAUAGUUUGGACAAACACAGAUAAAAUCGAUUUGAAGAUCUUGGAGUCUGACCAAGGCAAUGAUCAACAACAGAAUCACAUUCAAUAUAUUACCAGAUUGUUUGAAGAUGGUGGAUUAAAAAAUGAAAUGCUUAUUAGAGCCGAGAAAGGUUUUCCAAUCACUAAAAGAGAAUUGGAUGAUUGGAUUACUAGGAACAAACAAGAAUUUGGAGGUUGUAAUUCAACAAUUUAUUGUAAUGGAGAGCUGUUAAAAUUAGUUCAAUUAUCGAGAAUUUUUGAUGAUUCUAAAACUUUUGUUGACAUGCCCACGAAAAAACCUGUAGCUGAAGUACUACAAGCUGUCCAAAAAUUAUUAACUCAAAACAAACAAAAUCCUCCAACAAGAUCAGAAGUAAUAUCAUUUUUAUCGACUUAUUUUGAUAAAGAAGGUCAAGAAUUACUCAGUCCAGAAAACUAUGAUGAUAAACAUUGUACUUCCACCUCUCCGUUUUCUUCUUUAUUUCCUUUAAAUUCAAAGCCGGGCUUUCUAAAAAAUAUUCAUGACCCGUAUUUGAAACCGUUUGGUGAAAUUGUUCACAAAUUAUGGAAAACUUUGGUUAGAAAAGUAGAUUUGUCAUUUAUGUGUGAUGGUUGUGUCUCAAGUUUCAUUCCAUUGAAGAAUCCAUUCGUUAUCCCGGGUGGAAGGUUUCGUGAAAUUUAUUAUUGGGACGGGUAUUUCAUCAUCGAGGGAUUGUUGCUUAGUGAGUUGUAUGAUUUGGCCAAAGGCAUGAUUGAAAAUUAUCUAAUACUUGUGGAGACCUAUGGAUUUAUUCCAAACGGUUCAAGGAUUUAUUAUUUGAAUCGGUCACAGCCACCAUUAUUAACUCAAAUGGUAAAGAGAUAUUAUGAAACAACAAAAGAUAAACAAUUUCUAAAAAGAGCUUUGCCAACACUAAUCAAAGAAUACAAUUUCUGGCAUCGCAACAAAACAAUUGGAAUCAAUCGUCAAAACAAACGAUACACUCUAAAUUAUUACAAUGUCUACACUGAUCAACCUAGACCUGAAAGUUACUGGGAAGACUACGUGACCGCCCAACAACCACAAAGCUUAUUAAAUGUGCACCUACAAGAAAACAAUAACGAUGAUAGGAAAAAUAAACUAAAUGAAUCGGCUAUUAUUGAACUCUACUCAAACAUUGCCGCCGCUGCAGAAACUGGUUGGGAUUUUUCUUCAAGAUGGGCCAAUAAUUAUCGCCUCAAGCCAACCACCGAUUCAAACAAUAUUACCGAUUUUCCAAUUUUACGUUCGUUGAAUACAAAAUCAAUCAUACCCGUGGAUUUGAAUUCAAUUUUCUUGUCUUUAGCAUUCAGAAAGAAAGCUAGAAAUAGAUUAGAUGCUAUCAAAGAAUUGUUUUGGGAUGAUGAGCUUAAUUUAUUUAUGGAUUUUAAUCUAACAAGUAAUAAAAGAUCUGAAGUAACUACCUUGGCUUCCUACUUUCCAUUCUGGGCAGGCGCAAUACCAGCUGAACUAAGUUCAAACCCUUUCAAAAUACUAAAAUCAUAUGACUACAUUAAGAAACUAUUGGGAAAAUAUCCAGGCUCACUGACAUCCACAUUGAUGGAUUCCGGUCUACAAUGGGAUUUCCCAAAUAGUUGGCCACCAUUAGAAUAUGUGGUUGUAAAAGGUUUGGUUCAAUUGAGCGAUAAAUACUAUCCUUUUAAUGCCAAUAAUCGUAGCAGCAAUGGUCUUGACAAAUAUUAUGAUUUGGCAAGUUCAAUAAGUCAACGAUUUGUUUCUUCGGUAUUUUGUGCUUGGUAUAUUACUGGUGGAUCAAUUAAAGAUUUACUACCAAAGUUAGAAAAUACUACUGAUGACGGACAUAUUUUUGAAAGUGGUGGUGGAGAAUAUAAAGUACAAACAGGGUUUGGAUGGACAAAUGGUGUACUAUUAUGGAUGCUUAAUGAAUUUGGUGAUCAAUUAAAAGUUCCAGUUUGUAAUAUUAGUAGUAGUAUUAGUAAUGAUUUUGUUAAAGUUACCAAUUAUAAAAAUAUUGAUUUUUAUUAUUAUUCUAAUAAUAAUAAUAACCUUUAG